AUGGGGGAUUUCGCGGCCCCGGCCGCCAACGGCAGCAGCGUCUGCAUCAACGCCGGCCUCGGCGGAGGGCUCGCCGGGGCCGGCGGCGGCGGCGGCGGCGUCCCCAAGCACAGCACCGUGGUGGAGCGGCUGCGGCAGCGCAUCGAGGGCUGCCGGCGGCACCAUGUCAGCUGCGAGAGCCGCUACCAGCAGGCGCAGGCGGAGCAGCUGGAGCUGGAGCGCAGGGACACCGUGAGCCUCUACCAGAGGACGCUGGAGCAGCGGGCCAAGAAGACGGGCGCGGGCGGCAAGCAGCCGCCGCCGAGCAAGCAGCCGCAGGACGCCGAGCCCGCCGCGGCCGAGCAGCGCAACCACACGCUGAUCAUGCUUCAAGAGACUGUAAAAAGGAAGUUGGAAGGCGCACGAUCACCUCUCAAUGGAGAGCAGCAGAAUGGAGUUUGCGAUGGCAGCUUUUCUCCAACCAGCAAGCGGAUACGGAAGGAUGUACCAGGCAUCGAGGCAAUCAACAGCUUGCCCAAUAACUUGCCUUUGCCUGCUGUUUCUCCUCUUCACCAGCUUGACAUGAAAGCAUCCUUGCCCCUGCAGAACAGUGGAACUCACGGUAGUGGGCUAGAGGACUUGGGUAAAAACGGAGGGCUUUCAGAGAUAAAGCUCCCUGUUAAUGGGUGCAGUGAGUUAGACGAUGGUUUUAGUGUCCUGCAGAACAAGGAACUAAAGCAAGAGCCUUUGGACGAUCCUACCUGCAUAGACACUUCAGACACAUCCCUUUCAAAUCAGAACAAACUCUUCUCAGACAUCAAUCUGAACGAUCAAGAGUGGCAGGAGCUAAUAGAUGAACUAGCAAACACCGUUCCGGAAGAUGACAUACAAGAUUUGUUCAAUGAAGACUUUGAAGAGAAGAAGGAGCCAGACCUUACGAGGCCUGCCGCAGAGACUCAAGAGAGCGCAAGCGUCAAAAGCGAUCCAUCUCAUUCCCCAUUUGCUCAUGUUCCAUUAGGAUCUCCCCAGGUGAGGCCGUCUUCCUCUGGUCCUCCAUUCUCAAAUGUUUCCACAGCCUCUAGUGUGACUUCUGUAUCCAGUGCUCCACCAGCUCCAAUCCCUGCAGGCUCACCAGCAAACUGCGUUGUUCAGUCGCCUCAGACUCCCAACCAGGCCCAUACUCCAGGCCAAACUCAGACACGAUCUGGAAAUGGCUAUCUUAUGAACCCAGCAGCAGCAACUGUGGCAGGAUCAGGGCCUGGACCGGUGAAUCUACCAACUGCUGACUUGUCUCCAGCUGAACAGCUCAAGCAAAUGGCCGCACAGCAGCAGCAAAGAGCUAAGCUCAUGCAGCAGAAGCAGCAGCAGCAUCCAAAUCAAGCCUCAAGCUGGUCGCCUGUGGGCCCUCCGUCUAGUCCAUAUGGAGGGCCUUUCAGUGCAGAGAAACCAAAUAGUCCAAUGAUGUAUCCCCAAGCCUUUAACAACCAAAACCCAAUAGUGCCUCCUAUGGCAAACAAUCCACAGAAGACCACAAUGAAUAACUACCUCCCUCAGAAUCACAUGAAUAUGAUCAAUCAGCAGCCAAAUAACCUGGGCACAAACUCUUUAAGCAAACAGCCUAAUAUGCUUUCUUAUGGCAACACCAAACCUCUGACCCACUUCAAUGCUGAGCUGACCCAGAGGAUGACCCCACCAAUGGCAAAUCCCAGCAAGAACCCUAUGAUGCCAUACAUACAGCAGCAGCAGUCCCAGCAGCCACAGAUGCAAGCUCAGAUGGCACACCUGAGUGAGGAACAGAAACGCAUGCUCAUCAUGAAGCAGAAAGGAAUGAUGAACCAGCCCAUGGCAUAUGCAACACUUCCUUCCCUUGGUCAGGAGCAGCACCAGGUGGGACUGUCCCGGAGCACAGCACCUAUGCAGCCCUCUGUCCCACCAGGAGCCAGCAGCGUGGUCACAGGCACGAGCUCGGGAGGGCCUUUCCUGGGCAACCAGCCACAAGCGGCCAUCAUGAAGCAGAUGCUGAUCGAGCAGAGAGCCCAGCUGCACGUGAUAGAGCAGCAGAAGCAGCAGUUCCUAAGAGAGCAGAGGCAGCAACAGCAGCAGAUCCUAGCAGAGCAGCAGUUGCAGCAGCAGUCACAUUUGCCUCGGCAGCAUCUGCAGCAACAGCGGAGCCCAUAUCCAGUGCAACAGGUCAAUCAGUUCCAAGGUUCUCCCCAGGAUAUAGCGGCUGCAAGAAACCAAGCAGCGCUCCAGAGCAUGAGGACGUCCCGAAUGAUGGCCCAGAACGCGAGCAUGAUGGCAAUGGGUCCCUCCCAGAACCCGAGCACGCUGCCCACGACGGUGGGCCAGUCAGACCUGGGCAUGGCUCCUUACAGCAACGCCUCCUCCAGCCAGCCGGGAAUGUACAGUAUGAGCACAGGGAUGAGCCAAAUGUUGCAGCACCCAAACCAAAGCAGCAUGAACAUGGCGCAUAACGCAGGCCAGGGAACGAGGCAGACCGCCUCUGGACAAGUGGUGGGAAUGGUCAGCAGUUUUGGUCAGAACAUGCUGGUAAACUCUGCUCUUCCCCAGCAUCAACAGCAGAUGAAAGGAGCGGUGGGCCAGGUCUUACCCAGGCCACAAGCACCACGGCUUCAGAACCUGAUGGGGACUGUCCCUCAGGGAACGCAGAACUGGCAGCAGCGAGGCUUGCAAGGUAUACCCGGAAGGACUAGCGGCGAAAUUGGGCCUUUCAAUAAUGGCACAACGUACCCGAUGCAGUCUGGGCAGCCUCGGCUGCCCAAGCAGCAUUUCCCACAGGGACUUAACCAGACAGUUGUGGACACGAGUGGAACGGUGAGAGCCCUGAACCCGGCAAUGGGGAGACAGCUGCUGCAGCCGCUGCCCGGGCAGCAGGGAACCAGCCAGGCCAGGCCGAUGGUGAUGCCUGCAAUAAGCCAGGGGGUCCCCACCAUGUCUGGUUUUAGCCAGCCUUCUGCGCAGCAGAUGCCAGGUAGCUUUGCUCCGAGCAGCCAAGGCCAGGCCUAUGAGAGGAAUCCCACUCAGGACAUAUCUUACAGCUACAGUAACGAAGGAGCUGGGGGCUCAUUCUCCAGUUUAGCAGAGGGCGCAGACCUCGUGGACUCCAUCGUUAAGAGCGGACCAGGGGACGAGUGGAUACAAGAACUCGAUGAGUUGUUCGGAAACCCCCAGUGAAUGGGCUUGUAUAGUCUGGAGUUUGGGUUGUUAAUGUUUGAAAAAAUCAAAGAGAGGGUUGGAUGUGCUCCCCAUCCUCGGAUUGUUGGGGUUUUUUGUUUGAAUUGGUUUGGGUUCUUUUGUUUGUUUUCUUUUGAUUUUAAUCGUGCAAAUCGAGCUGAUCUGUAGCCAACUUGGGAAGGUUCGGGUGAUGCUGAGAACAUUGGUAUCACAAGACUUCCACAGGCAGUCUCCACUGCGUGGCAGCACCUGCUGCAUGGGUGUGGGGCAGGAUGGGGAAACUGGAAAAGCCAGCUGAUGCCUUUGGAAGGGAAAAGAUGGUCUUUCUCCGCUGAAAUGAGGUUUCCUUGCACAGCAGUAUGGGGUAGCCCCGGUGCGUCCCACCUCAUGUAACUGCGAAGGCCGCGGCUGUCAGGGUAGCAGAUGGAAGCCCGCAGGUGAGCACGCACGACCAGCCUUGGUGUCAGCAGGCCUCAGCAAACCAUGGCCGGGCUCUGGGCUGCUGCGAGGGGCAUACGUGUCACAAACCUAAACAGUCACAGAGAGGUCACCAUUUUCACUGCAGAGUGCUAAAAAUCCAAUAGGAGUGUAAGAGGACAUGAGUGUGGUUGUGCAGUGAGGAUUACAGGACCGCUGCUGGAGAUGGCUUUAGUGAGUGGGUUGUGUAAGGAGCUAUUUAGUCCCCAAGGGACUUGCAGUGGUGCUUCCCUGUCAGAGCACUUUGUGUGCCCAGGUUGCAGAACAGAGCUGAGAGAGAUGCUAAAGGGCUUCAAGGCACCAGGAGACACCAGCAAAAGUCCUGAGGAAGUCCCUGUCUCUCCUCCCUCCCCGGUAUAUUUUCAUACAUCCCCCUCCCAUCUGUCAGUGUAAAACAAAGUAAACUCACUGCGCUUUUCUUCACAAAGGGGCAGGAAGGGGAGGAGAGGACAGAAAGGAGAUGUGCAGGGAGGGUCUGGCAAGCAGGGACGAGUUCCUCCUCUCAUAUUGCAAAAUGCAGGCUUAGCAGGUUGGCGUGUCUGGGCUCUCAACCUGACAUUUAGUGCCACCUGGUCUUCUGUUUUAAGCAAGUGGUGGUCUAACCCUCCUUUGUUUGCUGGAAUAACAUUCACUGCAGUAUUUAAAAAAUGGGAGUCAAGGAAGGACUACAGUAAAGAGCAUGAAUGAAUGGCUAAAAUAGCGGAUUUAGGCGUUAAAAACAUUGAGUCUGCCCAAAUAUGCUUUUAGGUAACAGUAACGUAUCACUGUCUCCACUGUGUAUCUCCACUGUGUGGACUGGUGCCGAGAGCACUGCAGUGAGGGGGUGAUACGUCUUCCGCAGAGAUGCUGGCCAUUCUGAUUGCCUGAUGCAGCUGGGGCCCGAGCCAAGGAGAGCUGCCCUCCAAAACCUGCCACCUCCUCAGCUGAGAGCUGCCCAUUGGGGUAGGUCGUGCUUACCCCAUUCUGAAGCACAGCACGAGGUCCCAUUCCGGUCGUUGCUGAAGAUGGCAGAGGUUUGCCUGUCCUCUGCUGCAGCAGGAGCUGGGUCAGGCCCAAUGCAACGAGCGAGAGCACCAGCCAAAGUUCUCAGCCCACAGCCACGCCGUGGGCCGAUGGCUCUUGUUGAGGCGAGCCUGAGGGAAGGGAUGGCCCACAGUGACAGCACCCUGAGGGACAGGGGCGAGGGAGCAGCGUGGGGGCACAGGCUGGCCACUGGGAAGAGCAGCUCUGGGGCCAGCGCCGAGCUGUUGUCUUUGCAAAGCUUCCUCCAAAUACUCCGUACUGGGACCAAGUACUAGACGUAGAUUUUAAUAGAUUUGAGGUUUUUUGGUUUUUUUUUUUUUUUCCUCCUUACUAUGGUGCUGAUGUAUAUGUAAUAUUAA